UAAUAGAAUUGAACCUUUUAAUAUUGAGAAUCAUCAAAGCAUAAGCCUUCUAUAAAUUGGAGCUAGCCAUCCAAAGAGAAAACCAGGUUUUAAUCCCAUAACCAUUAAUUCCUCUAGCAACAACCCCUUAUGAUAUUGAUAUAUAGCCAACUGAAAUAACCCUAAACCCCCAUAAUAUAGAGGGUUCCACUUUCCACCAUGGAUUCUCCAAAGAAACCUAACAAGAUCAGAGAUAUUGUGAGGCUUCAACAGAUCCUUAAGAAAUGGAGAAGGGUAGCCAACUCUUCAAAAACAAGCAGAAGUAACAACAGUAACAACAACACCAGCAGCAGAAGCAUCAACUUUCUGAAAAGAACACUUUCCAUAUCUGAACGUGAAGGAGGAGGAUCAAGCAGCAACGUUGUUCCCAAGGGCUAUGUAGCUGUUUGUGUUGGAGUGGACCUUAACAGGUUCGUUAUACCAACCGAAUAUUUGGGCCACCAAGCCUUUCUCAUGUUACUCAGAGAGGCUGAGGAAGAAUUUGGGUUUGAACAAACUGGGGUUCUGAGAAUUCCUUGUGAAGUGUCAGUGUUCGAGAGUAUCUUGAAGAUAGUGGAGAGAAAGGACAAGUUUUUCACUCAGAAAUGCAGAUUAAGCCUUGAGAAGAUGAUGGGAUACUGUUCCUCAAACAACCUUGCUUAUUCUCACCAACCUCAAAGUCCAAUGUGCAGAUAGAUAGCUUAGGAUUUUGUGACCAUUUUAAUUAAUUAUACAUUUUUUUUUCUUUUUCUUUUGCUCUUUUGUGGAAGCCAAAUUAAUAAAUGUGAGAUAACCCAUUUAAGCAACGAAUACAACUUUCAUUGUCUAAAAUGUUGUAUUUUAGGGAUUAAUAUUUUGUCUCACGCAAUUUUGGAUCAGGGUGAUGAUAAGGCAACAGCUUCCCUAAAUGACAAAUCUGAAUACUACUUGCUAAUUUACUAUUCUCUAGAAUAGGAAGUUUUGGUAUUUUAUAUUUUAAUUCAUAAA